AGUAUUUCUCACUAUAAAAUUCACACACCUUUCCUUUUCUCAAACCCUAAACAUUUUUCUUAUAUUUAUCUAUACAUACAUAUUUCUGUAUCUAUUCUAUAUAAAAUGAGUGAAACAGAAAAGCUUUAUGAAAAUAUGUUUACAUACCUAUCAGACGAUGUAAUCCUCAACAUAUUCCUCAAGCUCGUCGACGAUCCACGUAGCUGGUCACGCCUCGCAUGUGUUUCCACAAAAUUCUCCACUUUAAUCCGUACAACCUGCUGGAAAAACAAAUGUCAACAAUCGAUUCCGGCGGUCGUCUCCGAUCUGAACUCUUCCGGCGAUCCUCCCGGCUGCUGGUCGUCGCUUUACAAGCUCGCUGUCUGCUGUCCUGGCCUUGUUCACUCCGGCGUCCUCCUUGAGAAUUCAGAUCUCGGACUUGAACGUGAGUUAGGUCCUGAUGAAAAUUAUCAGGAAAAUAAGUUAUUUCAAAUCGGUACUUGCUCUUCCAGCUCAAUUACUUAUCAUAAUAAUAAUAAUGAUAUUGAUAUUGAUGAUAUGGUUAAAAUUGAUCGGGCUGAGUGUUCGUGGUCGUUAUACGAUGAUUUAUAUUUAGAUACUGUUUAUAAUGAUGUAUCUAAGAAUCACGAGCAGAUUGGUGAGGUUUGCGAUGAUGAGGAUGUGAAAAAUGAGAAUGAGAGUGAUAUAGACGUUGUUAAGGCGUCUUGUGAUUUUUCGGUUUGUAAGAAGAGGAAGAAUUGUAGGUCGAUAAACGCGCAUUUAGCGUCUGAGGGUUGGAAUUUUAGUAGGGAACAAGGGAAUAAGUUGUUAGCGAGUAGGUUUAGAGGUGAUUGUUUGUAUAUUUGUGAUUGGCCUGGAUGUGUGCAUUCCGAGGAGAAACGGAAUUAUAUGUUGUUUAGAGGUGUUUUUAAGAAUUUUAACAAGUCUAGGGUUUGGAGGACGAUUAAAGAUGGGAACAGAAGUAAGAUGGAUCUGCAUUGUGCUUUUUGUCCCAGUAAUGAUGUUUGGGAUCUGCAAUCGGCGUUUUGUUUGAGGCCGGCUUAUGGGUAUCAUGAUAAUGGGGAGCCGGUUGUUCGAGCAUAUGUUUGUGAGAAUGGGCAUGUGUCUGGUGCAUGGACUGAUUGGCCUUUGUACACUUGAAGAAGAACUUGGAUCUGGACGGUGAUCGUUUGGUAUUGCUUUCUUACACUUCAUUAUUGAUUGAUAGAUGGUUUGUUGUUGUAAGGUUUUAUAUGUAAUUUGCUAUAUGCCUAUAUGUAUUUGAUAAGUUAUCUAUGUCUUAGCACCAUUAUGAUGUAUUUCUUUGAAAUGAUGUUGUUCCCUAAUUGAAUUAAUUUGGAAAUAGAAUUUUGAUAAGAAGUUAAA